AUGGAGGGGCAAAACGAGAAGGAGAACAAUCAAAUUCAACCCCCAGGACCAACAGAAAAGCAAUUGGGUGUCUCCGGCCCAGAGUUAGCGGGAGAGAACCUCGAAGGAGGCCGUCCCAAGCGUGCAGACGGCAAGAUUGAACUGACCGAAGAAGACUGCUACGACAAACUGGGGUACUCCUUUCCAGCAUGGAAGAAAUGGAUGAUCUUGGUCAUUAUUCUUUUGAUUCAGACCUCGAUGAACCUCAACGCCAGUAUCUACUCUAAUGGCGUCGAUGGCCUUGCAAAAAAAUACGACAUCUCAAAGCAAAAGGCCCGAGUCGGCCAGAUGAUCUUCCUUGUCUGCUAUUCCUUGGGCUGCGAACUGUGGGCGCCAUGGUCUGAGGAAUUAGGUCGCUGGCCGACACAGCAGCUGUCCUUGUUUCUCGUCAAUAUCUGGCAGUUACCCGCGGCGCUCGCCCCCAACUUCGGGUCUAUCGUUGUCGCUCGAGCACUCGCUGGCCUCUCGACAGCAGGAGGCUCUGUCACGUUGGGAGUCAUCGCCGACAUGUACCAACCUGAAGAUUCCGGAUUCCAGUAUGCGGUUGCCUUCGUCGUGCUGUCGUCCGUGGGCGGUGCCCCAGUAGGCGCAGUCAUCGGCGGCUUCGUGGGGCAAUACCUUUCUCUGCCCUGGAUCUUUUGGAUGCAACUCUGCAUUGGCGGCGCCGUGCAACUCAUCCACUUUUUCCUUGUCCCCGAGACACGCGCAACCAUCCUUCUGGACCGCGAGGCCAAGAAGCGGCGCAAGAAUGGCGAAACAAAUAUCUAUGGACCGGACGAAUUGAAGAAGCCACGGUUCCCGAUGAAGGAAUUCGCACGCAUUUGGAUGAGACCUUUCCAGAUGUUUGUCACGGAACCGAUCGUGCUCGCCCUCAGCCUGCUCAGCGGGUUUAGUGAUGCAUUGUUGUUUACCUUUUUGGAGGCGUUCACGCCCGUGCUUAAGCAAUGGGGAUUUAAACCAUAUCAGGUUGGGUUGGCUUUUAUUUCGUCACUGGUUGGAUAUGUACUUGCAUACCUCACAUAUCUCCCCGUCAUUCGACAUCAUAACAAGAUCCGCGCCGACGACCCGAACAAGUUGUCUCCGGAAUCUCGUCUAUGGUGGUUACUUUUCCUGGCACCUCUCGAGACAAUUGGGCUUUUUGGCUUCGCGUGGACGUCUCUCGGACCCGACUAUGGCAUCCCGUGGAUCGCGCCCAUGAUCUUCACGGUCCUAAUUGCCAUGGCGAAUUACGCAAUAUACAAGAGCUCAAUCGACUACAUGAUUGCUGCCUACGGACCUUAUGCCGCUUCUGCCACUGGCGGCAACGACCUCGCCAGAGACUUCCUUGCGGGCAUAGCAGCCUUGUAUAGUACACCAUUCUACGAAAACAUCGGCAAGAAAUACGCCCUCGAAUACCCCUCGACCAUCCUGGCCUGUUUGUCAGUGGUGGUCAUCGCCCCGAUCUACCUCUUCUACUGGAAGGGCGAGUGGUUCCGCGACCGCAGCAAGUUCGCCAAGGAGCUCAAUCUCGGCCGGCAGGGCGCUGUUGAGAGGCGUCGGAGUACCAUGCCCAACUUGAAGGGCGGCGCGCGAGGCGAGAGGGCAAGGCACGUCGAACAAGUCUGA